AUGGCCGUCAACUGGGAGCUGCAGGGCUGCUGCGACCGCGACCAGAGGAUCUUCAUCGCCGCCGUCGGCGUCUCCACCGUCGUCAUCCUCCUCCUCUGGAGGACGUUCGUGCUCACGCCGUUCAAGCUCAUCACCGUCUUCCUCCACGAGACCAGCCACGCGCUCGCCUGCAAGCUCACCUGCGGCGAUGUAGAAGGCAUGCAGGUCCAUGCGAAUGAGGGUGGCGUUACUCAAACUCGGGGUGGCAUAUAUUGGAUAAUCUUGCCCGCUGGAUAUCUGGGUUCAUCAUUUUGGGGAAUGGUCUUCAUACUUGCAUCCACAAAUCUCCUCGCAACAAGAAUUGCAGCGGGUUGUUUCAUACUUGCAUUGUUUAUUGUUCUUUUUGUUGCAGAAAAUUGGUUUCUUCGCUGGCUCUGCCUUGGAUUCAUUGUGUUCAUUGCUGUUGUUUGGGUCAUACAAGAAUUUACAUCUUUCCAUAUUCUGAAAUAUGUGAUCUUAUUCAUAGGUGUGAUGAACAGCUUAUUCUCAGUUUAUGAUAUUUAUGAUGACUUGAUAUCUCGAAGAGUUAAUACAAGUGAUGCUGAGAAGUUUGCUGAAAUCUGCCCUUGCCCUUGCAAUGGUUUUGCAUGGGGUGUAAUAUGGGGAUUCAUCUCGUUUAUCUUUCUCUGCGCUUCAAUAUACCUUGGACUGGUCAUAUUGUCUUGA